UAAACAUGUCCUGAUAUUUUCAAAAAGAAAAAAAAUCUUUUGACUGCCUUUUAACGGGAAGUCCCCACGAGACACGUAAGCUGAGAACAGGCAAGUAAAACGACACAGUAUCCCCGUUUUGCACUCUCGAGAAAGUGAAAAAAGCUUUCGCCGCACCGCGUGAGAAAAAACAAAGAAAACAAAAAAGUCUGAUUCUCGGAGACCAGCACCUUCUUCUUCUUCGUCGAAUCAGUUUUUCGUCUCUACGGCGAGAAUCUGAUACUGCGUAGAUUCCCUUCCCCGACGUAUAAUAAUAAUAAUAAGAAUAACGCAUGGCGUCGCUAGCUCUGACUUCUCCUCCCGGCGUUAAGGUUCCGUCGUACCUUGCCUCCUCGUCUUCGUCUCUCUUCUCAUGCUCCUCGAUUUCCAAUUCGGCGGUGAGCAGUCUUGUAUCUUCUUGGAAUUCAAUCAUACAUACACAUUACGUACGUAAACGUGUAUGUAUUAAUGUAUUAUAGACUGUUUUGGAUGCUGCUAUAGUAAUGAAUUCAAACAAUCUUCUGUUUGAUAUCUGAUUUGGUCUGUGGAGAUGAGCGUAAUGCAUUUAUGUUCUAACUUAUUAUUUUUUUUUUUUGCCAGAAAUGCAAUUUGCCGAAAGCACUGAAUCUUGGCAACGGGACGACACUUCCAAAGUAUUUUGAUUCUUCUUCCCGGUUGGAGAAACCAUUUGAGUAGUAGUAGAGCCAACACAAAGCUCAAGCUCUUCUCUGGUACUGCAAAUCCAGCCCUUUCUCAGGUUUGUUUUUUCCUCCUCAGUCUUCUUCUUCUGAUCAUGUUUUUUUUUUUUAAAUCUCUCUCUCUCUCUCUCUCUCUCUCUCUCUCUCUCUCUCUCUCUCUCUCUCUCUCUCUCUCUCUCUCUCUCUCUCUCUCUCUCUCUCUCUCUCUCUCUCUCUCUCUCUCUCUCUCUCUCUCUCUCUCUCUCUCUCUGUGAAGGAAAUUGCUUGGUAUAUGGGCUUGGAGCUUGGCAAGAUUAGCAUCAAGAGGUUUGCUGAUGGGGAAGUCUACGUUCAGCUCAAAGAGAGUGUUAGAGGCUGCGAUGUCUUCUUGGUGCAGCCUACUUGCACUCCAACUAAUGAGAAUCUCAUGGAGCUUUUGAUCUUGGUCGAUGCUUGCCGUAGAGCUUCCGCUAAGAAAGUUACUGCUGUGAUUCCCUACUUUGGAUACGCAAGAGCUGAUAGAAAGACUCAAGGGCGUGAAUCCAUUGCUGCCAAACUGGUUGCAAACCUUGUAACGGAGGCAGGUACCGGCGGUAAAGGCAGCGUCAAUAUUCUGCGUCACAUUUCGUUGACGCAGGAAGCUACACUGACGCUGCAUCCGAACGCCGCGUCCUGCGGCGUCAGCCGGUAAAACAGGAACCAGAUCGGCCAACUCCCAACCCAUCGCGACCGUCUAGCCGUCCCAUAACCGUCCGUCCGUCCUGUCCAGUCCGACUUCUCGAACCUCAGACUGUCCGUCCGUGCAGACUGCUUCCCGGCCUGUAUCAUUUUGGUAUCAGAGCUCAAAGCUCCUAAACCUUCGGUUGUAUCCUAUCCUUGUUACCUUUGUUAAUUGUUUGGUUCAUCAUCUUGUCUUUUAAAAAAAAAAAAUUGCAUUUGUUCUUGCUGUUCUUGGCGAGUUCAAACUUGUUUCUUUCCUGCAUAUCUUUUGAUCCGUUUUUGUGCAUUCUCCAUUCUAGUAAUCUGUUUUUGGCAUCCAGCGAUUUCACUUUCCUUUUUGAUCGGAUUUCCAUUUAAUUGCAUUUACUUUUUUUCUCUUGGCUUGCACUUCAAGUUUUUCCAUAUUU